CACUGCCCAGUGGUCCCGGCUUCCGUGUCCAAGGCUCAACCCCCUCCCGGCCCGGACCUCAGUCCCGCUCCCUCCCCAGCCACGGCCCACCGAGCCUGCGGGCAAAGAAGCCUCCAGCAACACCAGCACAGCCGCGAGUACCGGGGCAGGGGGCCAUGCCGUGCCUGAGGGAGGAGGAGGAAGCGAGCGACCAGGCGGAUGGGGAGGAGGACAACGACAGCUUCCUCCUGCUGCAGCAGUCGGUGACUCUGGGCGGCUCGGCCGACGUGGACCAGCUCAUCGCCCGGAUCGGCGAGACGCUGCAGCUGGACGCGGCGCACGACAGUCCCGCCUCGCAGUCUGCCGCCCCGGGCCCCCCACCCGCGCCCCCGCGGGUCCUGGCGGCGCUGCCGGCGGACAAAGCCAGGGCCCCAACGAGGCGGCCGCUGCGGCUGGCAGCUUCACCGGAAACCUGGGACCCUGCGCCCCCCGGGGCCAUGCGCUGUGUGCUGGGGGAGCGCGGGCGCGUGCGGGACCGGGCAGCGCCCUACAGCGUGGCAGAGAUCGCCCCGGGCCCCAGCGUGCUGCCCCAGCAGCAGGGCCUUGAGGGACCCCAGGGAACCGGCAAAUUAAGCAUCCCACAGCCACUGUCUGGCCCGUGCCGGCGGGGUUGGCUCCGGAACACAGCCGCGUCCCGCCGCCUGCAACAGCGACGCGGAUCUCAUCUGGAGACCGGCACUGGCGAAGACGACCCGCCCCGGCUCCUGCAGCAGCUCUUACUUUCGGGAAACCUCAUCAAGGAGGCGGUGCGGAGACUUCAUUCACGAAGGCUACAGCUCCAGGCGAAGCUUCCCGCACACCCGUUCUUGGAGCCUCUGUCAGCCCCAGUGCAUGAGCCACUUUCACCCGGGAGCCCCCGCGCGGCCUGCAGCGACCCUGGCGCUUGUGUGAGGAGGGCGCAGCUCAGAAAUGGGGACGACCUUCUUGUCUCUGGCAGCUAACAAUCUAGGUGGCUACAGCACCAGCCUAUAGCCGGGGAUCAAGGGUUUCCCCCAACCGAGGCUGGUGGAGGAAAAUAAGCUAAGGAAGACAGCCGAAAUAUCGCAUAGAUUUUCAUAGGUAACUGAAGUUGAGAGCCCUAAAUUGUUUGAAACCCAGGACUUAGGUUUUUGUAAGGCAGAUUCUAUAGAGCGCAUCGCAGGCUGUCAGCAGGACUCCUUUUUUGGCAUGUUCCAACCUGGUCUCUGCAAUUCCGCAAACUCCCCUGGCCACGCGGGCAACCACGUGGCAUGCUCUCUGGAUAGCUCAGCCAGCUAUGGAACCAAGGACGAUGAUCCCUGUUACUUGCUGUACUUUUCAGGGUUGGUUCAUGAUUCACUUUGGGGGAGGGGAAAAGAAGAGUGGACGUAAAUUCAGGGAGCACCACAAAAUGCCACACUUGAACUUUUUAGGACAGUUAAAAGACCAUCUCAUCUUUUGCGGUGUUGGUUUCAAUGUAAAACAUGCGGUAUCACGAGAGGACUCUCUUGGGGGCUAAGUAGAAGUAACCGUUUUUUGUCUGUCCCUUUUAUUUCAAAGGAUUGCUGCUGGCAGAGUGUUGAGGGGAAGUUGUACCCCACGAAUGUAGGGUGGGGGGCGGCAGUGAGAAAUUUUAGGUAAUGGAAGGGUGUGGGGAAGCACUGAGUGAACCUUCCUGCCCUUUGUAAAGUGUGCUGUGCAGAGUGGGGAAAACCCAUCCCUCUUUGGGUUCGAAGUCACUGAUUGCUGGGUGUGCACCAUGCUGUGGGGCUCCAGCACGGAGACUAACCGAAAUGCCUUGCUGGGAGAAAAGCACACUAUUUUUUGCAAAUGUUGGAGUCCACUGAGGACGCUUCUGCCACCUUCUGGAGGGGGUAGAGGAGGCGGGUCCUGAGUGUCUGUGCUUCCAGCCGGAGGUCACCGCCCCUCCCCCUCCUCCUGGCUUGCAGAGAAACUGCCUUGAGACAGUGAUCUAGUACUACCUUUUCCCCUUAGUUCUGCUGCCCUACUCAAGCGGGGUGCUGCUGGUGAUGCUAGUGUCCAGGGUAGGGGACUGAGAAAGUUCCAAAUAACGAGCACUCUUGGGACACAGCCUCACACAACCGCUUAUCUGGGGCUCUCAGGGCUGCUUGUAAUAACAGCUGCAGUUCCCUGGAUAGACUGAGUUGAUUUCCUCCUUCUGGACCUCCCCCCAGCUGUGCCUGCUCGUCUUUGUAAGCGGAGGAAAUGUAGUAGAAAACGUGACCCUCCAAAUGGGAAAGCUGCAGGCUUUUUGCUAUUGUGACUGUGAAGUGCUUGGAAACACUGUUCCCUCUGAGCAACUGUUUCGUUUUACUUUUUAUGUAGUCAAAUGGCUUGUUCCUCAUCCAGAUGUGGCUAUUGACAUAUCCACUCUUCGAACCGGAGUGACUGGAAUUGUGGCUGUUCUGAUUGUAGGAUUUUAACUUAACUGAAAUAACUGUUUUUGAAUAAAUGUCUUGUAUUUUUUUUUUAAAAAAAAAAAAAAAAAAAAAAAAAAGAAGCCCGAAAGUAUAAACUAGGACAUUUUGUAUACUUUUUUAUGAGUCUAGUGCAUGCAUACCAAAAUAAAAGAGACUUGAGUUCU